UAAUACUAAUCAUCCCCUUCUUGUUUCAGCACCAAUAGAUGAACACAGCACAGAAAUUGAAUACUAUCCGGUCGCGGACGCGACCGGGUGCUACUACAACUUCGAGCACUAUGACGAAGGCGACCGAAUAAUCACGAACGAGCCAUGCCUGAACUGCACGUGUCACAACAGGAUGCUGAUGUGCUAUCUAAGGGUCUGUCCCUUCACCAAAGCCAUUGGACAAGACUGCAAGGUGGAGAAGAGGCCUGACCAAUGUUGUCCGGUCAUCAUCUGUCCCGAAGUUCCUGUUCCAAUACUUCCGGCAGCAUCGACGCCAGCAACAGCAGUGGGUCACCCCAGCGAAUAUGGAUGUUCCAUCGAUGGACUUUUCUACACAGAUGGUGCUAAAGUUCCCUCCAACCCCAACAAUCCAUGCGAAGUUUGUUACUGCAUUAGGAACAAGACAGCUUGCAUCAUCCAGGAGUGUACGCUUACCGGAAAGGUUGUGGAAGGAUGCAGACCGGUUUAUAUUGAAGGAGUGUGUUGCCCGUUGCGAUACGACUGUGAUCACCCGCAAAUCGAAACUACAUAUCGACCAUUGCUUACCACCACCACAACCACCACAUUGGCACCAACCACCACACUGGCACCUACGGACUGUAUCUUCAGAAACGAGGUAUACGGUGAUGGAGCUCUAGUCAAAAAGGACGUACCGUGUGAACAGUGUUACUGCGUUAAGGGAGACAUCGUAUGCGCGGUACAAGAAUGUGGACCUACACCACUGGACAAAGUGAACUGCACCGCUCUACCAACCAAAGAAGGGCAAUGUUGUCCAGAUACCUACGACUGUGAGAAAGUCAGCGAUGAAGAUCUCACAACUCUCACAUACUACGAAACUCCCACUACACAACCCACUGUAGUACGUCAUGAAGUUACGACGUUCAAAUCAGAAGAGGAAGUACCUACGACGCCAGAAGUCAGUAUCGCAGAUAGAGUGAAGAUUCCCGAAGAAACUGCUGCCAAGCCAGAAGAAGAAAAGGUGACAGAGCCUGAAGAAGAAAAGGUGACAGAACCUCAAGAAGAAGAAAAGGCGACAGAGCCUGAAGAACAAGAAAGGACGACAGAGCCUGAAGAAGAAACAGUAACCAAAGCUGAAGAAGAGGAAGCUUCGAAACAAGCAACCUCACCAGAAGAAACUGUAACUAAAGCUGCCGAGGAAGAAGUUACAAAGCCUGAAGAAGAAGUGACACAACCAGUUACAGAAUCAUUCACUGCUAGGAUAACAGAAGCUGUCACUGCCAAGGUAACCGAGAUCUUCGAAGCGCUUACAUCUACAUUGAAAUCGGUCACAGAACAACCAGAGCGUACAACUGAGCCCACACACCCAGAACUUGCACCUACUGAGGAUCAUGUUACCAAGGAAGCAGAGCAACCUAUUACUGAACCUAGUGUAACUGGAAGACCUGGUAUCGAGCCAACCACCGUCGCAGGUCGCGCGGAAGAGCAAGCUACCACUCUCCAACCUGUGAAAGAGGCUGUAACAGAGCCAGCUACUGAGGAAGAGAGGAAACAACCAGUCUCUGAGCCUGCUCAACCAACGACAGAACAGGCUGAAGAGAAGGCGCCAGUUACCGAAGAGGCUGUGACAAGACCAGAGGAAGAACAACCUGUAACAGAAACAAAACAGCCUGUAACAGAACAGCCGACAGAAGAAGCAAUUGAGAAGAAAAUGCCUGUUACAGAAGCACAACCAGUAACGGAACAACUACCUGCUACAGAAAAAGAAGAACCAAUUACUGAAAAGGAACAGCCUCAAGCAACUGAACAACCUACUGCUACGGAGCCUGAGGAGGAGGAAGAACACGUGGUGCAUGACCAACAUGAAGAAGGUGAAGAAGAAGAAGCUGAAGCCACAACUCCAAAGAAACCAGAAGAAGCAGAGAAGGCUGAGCCAGAGGCUUCAGUUACUGAAGCAGCUAAGCCAACUGAACCUCAAACAGAACAGGCUGCUCAACCUGAGACGACUCCAGCUAUACCAGAACUGCCCCAGGAAACGCCUGAAGCUCCACGAAUUACUGAAGCUCCAGUACCUGAAAAAGAACAACCUGAAGAAAAGGCAACUGAAGCUGCUCCAGUACCGGUUGAGAAAGAAACUAAAUCUCCAGAAGUAACGAAAGAAAAGGCAACAGAAAUUCCUGAAGUACUUGCUGAGAAGGAAACGGAAGCCCCGAAGGAAGCAGCACCUGAAGAAAAAGCUACUGAAGCUACGCAAGUACCAUUUGAAAAAGAAACUGAAAUUCCGAAAGUGCCGACUGGAGCCCCAGAACAGCCUAAGGGCACGGAACCAGCACCAACACCUACAACCGAACCUCAAGAAGAAAUGGAAAUCGUUACUAGCGCACCUUCUAAGGAAACCGAAAAGCCGCAGUCCAUGGAUCACGUCUCUGAAGGAGAAACAGUACCAGUACGAUCUUCCACUGCGGCAGUACCUGCUUCUACUGAAGAACCUUGCAACGAACUGGAGGGUUGCUCACCAAGCAAGGAAGGCGAAGAAAGUAACGAAAUACCACCAAUUGAAGAGCAAUGCACCAAAGAAGGAUGUACGCUACAAGGACAACUGCCCAAGAUUGAGCCCAGCACAGAGAAAUCAGUACCUGAAGGAGAAGAAGCUAACAGAAUCCCAGAAGAGCCUCCAUGUGACAGUGCCACUGGCUGCACUGCUGCUCCUGAAGCCCCUGCUGAAGAAACAUCGGAGAGGGCACAACCUGAAGAAGGGUCAGGACAACAGCCUGAAGAACAUGAAGAGGGAUCGGGACAAGAGGUGACAACACUAGCGCAUGAAGAAGAACACCCAACAGAACAACCCAGUAAACCUGUUACGGAAGCAACUGCAACAGAACCUACGAAGGAAUCUGAAGUAACUACUUCCAGACUUCCAGAGGACGUUACCACAGCUCCAAGGGUUGCAGAAGAAGUACCAACCGUCAGCACACCUUCAAAGGAAGGACAAACCGAAGCUGCUGAAGAAGAGGAGCAUCCAGAACAUGACGAAUCAGAAAACGAGGUUGCUCCUGAGGAGGAACAUGAAACCGAGAUCCCAGAAAGUGAAACAGAACCAGAUGAGCAUGAAGAACAUGUAACUGAACCGGAAGAGCAAACUGAACCCGCAGAGAGAGAACCUGAGGAACAUGUUACCGAACCUACUGAAGAAGAGCAUGAAGAACAUAUUACUGAACCUGCUGAAAAAGAAGCAGAGAAACAUGUUACUGAGUCGGUCGAAGAGGAACAUGGUACUGAACUUGCAGAGAAGGAGCCUGUCACAGAACCAGUUACUGGACCAACUGAAGCACCAUCACCAGUAGAAGAAGCCAAGGCUCCCUCAAGUGAAGCUCCUGCUGCAGAAGAAGGAACUCCUUCACCUGAGAAGGAAGGAUUUACUGAGGCUCCCAAAGAAGAAGAAAAGGCUGAGGUAACGGUUGCUCCUAGUGAAGAAAAGAAAACCGAACAGCCAGAGGUUACUGAACGAUCUACUGAAGUACCUGCUAGAACCACCGUGGCUCCUGAAGAAAUCUCUCACGCUACUAUUCCAGGCGAAGAGAAGAAAGAAACGCCAGUGGUUUCCACAGAAAUUCCAGCUCAGACAACAUUAACGGUAUCAGAAGAAACUCAGGCUCCGGAGGAGGAAGAGGAAGAACAUGGAAUACCAGGAGAGGGAAGCUGUUUGGUGGAAGGACGGACCUACAAGAAUAAUUCGAAAGUCCCACCUCGUAACAAAUGCCAAGUCGGUUGCAAAUGUGUCAGCUCCAUUUUGCAAUGCAAACCUGUUGAAUGUAGUCCACCACCUAGCAACUUACAAGACUGUGUACAAGUUCCUCCUUCAGUAGAUAGUUGCUGCCCUACAUAUAGUUGCUCUGAACCAGAAGCUACCAGUAUGGAGUCGGAUAGCCAUGUCAUGGAAACAACAACACCAUUACAGAGGAGCGAACAAACCACAGCUGUGCCAAGCGCGGAAGUAGAAACUAGUCGGCCAAGCGAACAAUUACCAACUGAAUCCACAGUUUCUGAAACGGAACAACCCAAGAAAGAAACGGAGCAACCUUCUACAGGAAGUGAAUCAACUGAAAAACCAGCUGGUUCUGAAAUACCCACAGUAACUGAGAAACAACCUGAGGAAGGAAAGACAACUGAACAUCUACCUGAACAAGAAACGGAAAGGCAACCAAGUACUGGGCCACCAGAAACCACCGAACGACAACCUGCUGAAGCUGAAACGGAAAAACCAAGUGAGGUAACAACUGAAAGAAAGCCAGAAAAUGAAACUAAGAAGCAACAUACGGAACAAGGCACUGAGAAACCAGAAGCUGAGGUAACCGAAUCACUAGUUGAAAAAGAAACUGAAAGACAGCCAGCAGAGGUUGGAACCUCCAAAUACCCAGAGACCCCAGAGAAGCAGGCUCAAGACACCGAAACAGAAAAGGCUACGCCUGAAAGCACAACUGAACAUAUGCCUGCGGAAGGAGAAACAGAACAGCCUAUUGAGAAAACUCCAGCAUUUGAGGGUACAACUGUUAGACCGCAAGAAGAAGGUCCAGAGAAACAACCGGAGGAGGCUCAUAAAACCGAGAAACCUGAAGAAGGAACAGAGGAGGUACUAGAAACCGAGAAACCAUCGGAAGAGGAUCAUACUGAAACGGUUCCAUCUCUAACUACACAACCAGAGAAGAUACCAGCAGAAAAGGCUCAGACUGAAAAACCAGAGGAAGCCGUUACCGAAGCGGAACAUGUUACCCCUCACCGUGACGAAUCUGAAAACGAACUGCCUGAGUACUGUGGACCAGAUGGAUGUAUUCCUGUCCAGCCAGAACCUGACUGUGGAAAAGAGGGUUGUGCUACGCCACCACCAGUCAAAUCAGAAGAGUGCGGAGAACAAGGCUGCAUUCAGGUGCCAGUUGUCACUGCUCCAGCAGAAUGUGGAGAAAAGGGAUGCGCUGAAGUACCAGUUGUUCCGCAAGAGUGUGGGGAGCAAGGUUGCGCAAUUCCAGUACCGGUACAACCAUCACUGGAUUGUGGAGAAGAAGGAUGUGCUGGUGCAGUUACGGAACAGCCGAAGGAAUGUGGGGAACAUGGAUGUGUUGAAGUACCAGUAGUGCCUCAAGAAUGUGGAGAACAAGGAUGUGCUCUGCCAGUACCAGUACAACCAUCACUGGAUUGCGGAGAAGGGGGAUGUUCUGAAACAGUCACGGAACAACCUAAAGAAUGCGGAGAACAAGGAUGUGCUGAAGUACCAGUUGUGCCUCAAGAAUGUGGAGAACAGGGAUGUGCUAUACCAAUACCAGUACAGCCAUCGCAAGAUUGUGGUGAAGGAGGAUGUCCUGGAGCAGUUACGGAACAGCCGAAGGAAUGUGAGGAACAGGGAUGUGCUGAAGUACCAGUGGUGCCUCAAGAAUGUGGAGAACAAGGUUGUGCUCUGCCAGUACCAGUACAACCAUCACUGGAUUGUGGAGAAGGAGGAUGUGCUGAGGUACCAGUUAAACCUCAAGAAUGUGGAGAGCAAGGAUGUGUUCCUGUGGCACCUCAACCAGAUUGUGGCGACAAAGAAUGUCCAUCAGCACCUAAAGUACCUGUACCGUGUGAUUCCAAGGAAGGAUGUGAAGGACAAACGGAACCGUCUGAGCAACAACCUACUGAGCCAGGUCUGCCAACAGUAGGAACGGAAAAGGCCUUACCUGAAGCUACCACACUGAGAGGUGAAGAAGCGCCGACUAAAGCAGCUGAAGAGCAACCAAUCACAACUGGUGCUCCAGCAGUUGAAGAAGCCACAAGUCCAGAAGCUGCAGUUAGCAAGUCUCCUGAAGAAAUGGCAGCUAUUCCAGAGAUAGAGGAACCUGCAACUGGGCAAACUCUUUUACCAGAAUCUGUGACUGAUCUUAUUAACAAGAUAUCCAAUGAAACUACAUCUGCUCCAGUAGAAGGAGAACAAACAACAACAUCUCCAGUUACAGAAAAGGUAGAAGAUGAGAAACGUAAACCUGAAGAAGCACAGCCAGAGCUUACCACAGUAAAACAUGAAGAAUCAAAACGACCAAGCACAGAAACGGUUGAAGAAAUUACUACAGAAGCGAUAGUCGUCACAGAGAAAGAACAAACCGCCACCACGAAACCGAUCGAGUCUGCAGAACAUGUAACUAGUGAGAAAUCAAAGGAGGCCACAACAGUUCCAGCGACCAAGCCAGAAGAAGAAACGCCACAGCCUACAGUAGAAACAACACCUAAAUCGGCAGAGGUGCCAAACGCAACUGAAGCACCAAUUGGUGAAAUAUCUGCUCCAAGUAAAGAGAAGGUAGAGAAACCUGAACUAACAACAGCAACUCUUGAAAAAUCAACCGAACCAGUUGUGAACAUAGAGGCUACGACAUCGCAUGCAGUAAGUGAAACCGAGAAACCGAAACACGAAGCUGAAACAGAAAGAGCUGAAACUGUUACUACACCUAACACUCAUGAAGCUGAAACAGAAGAGGCUCAACCUGAGGCUGAAACUGAGAGGAUGAAACCUUUGACAGAAGCUCCAUCUACAGAGGAACCAAUACAUGUAACGGAGGGUGAAACCGAGGAGAGUCCAGAAUCAGAAACUGAAAAAGCAAGCCCCGAAACUGCGGGCCCAGAACAUGUGACGCAAGAGGUAACUGAGAUGGGCCAACCAGAAGGAACUAAGGCUCCAACGACUUUAGAGCCUGAACAUGUGACCAAGGGAGCCGUUCUGCCAGAAGCUGAAAUUAAGAAACCUGAGGCAGAAAGUGAGAAACCGGACGUAGAAACUACAGAAGGAGAAACUGAAAAGAUCGAGAUUGAGUCUGAAACUCCAACUGUUGAACCUGAACACGUUACCAAAGCUCAAACAGAAAAAAUACAACCAGAAGCUGAAUCAGAGAAACCUCAACCUGAAGAAGAGACAGAAAGGACGAAACCUGAGUUGGAAGCUUCAGCUACAGCUGUGCCAGAACAUGUAACUAAGGCCGAAACAAUUCAACCUGGAACCCAAGCAUAUAUAACUACACCAAGUACUCGAAAUGAGACAGAACCAGUCACAUCAACUCCAGAGGAACCAUUAUCUAGGCGACCUGGUGAAGGAGAACCGUCAACAUCGACUCCAAUCUUUACCACUACUCAGGUUCAACCUCAACAGACGACUCCUGUGCAAACGAAGCCACCGCAUGACAUCCACAGUGAGCAAGUCCCUGAGCUGCCUGACUACUCGCAACCUGAAGAUUACGAAGACGAAGAUCAAGGACCCCUUGGACCUGGAACCUGCCGAUAUGGAGGCAAGGUCUACGUGUCCGCACAACAGAUUCCCCGAGAUGAUCCAUGUGAUUUCUGCUUCUGCUUUAGGAGUGACAUUAUUUGUUUGCAGCAAAGUUGUCCACCUCCAAUACCAAGGAGCCCAUCCGCGGCUUCUGCUGUCCGAGGUACGAGUGCCCCGUCGGAAUGGCAACGGCGCUGAAUCUGACAACGUCGACGACAACGACGACCACGACGUUACCGCCCCAUUUCUUGGCACACGCCUACAAGGGGCGUGCUACCAAGACUGGCUGUCAAAUCCAAGGCAAGGCCUACAAGAUUGGCGAAGUGAUCAAGUCUGCUUCGGGACCUUGUCUGCACUGCACAUGCGGUGGAGACGGUCAAAUGAAAUGUGA